AUGCAGCUACCACUGACUCAAGCAUGCACCUGGAAGGGGCUGUUGCUGUUGGUGUCAUGCAUGUUCCUGUGUAUAUAUGUGACUGCCACACCAUAUGACCAGAUUGCCAAUGAGGAGCUGUAUGACAAUGUGCUUUCCUGGUCUCGUCGCACCCAUAGAGUUGCCCAGAAAAUGUAUAAAGUCUUAGACUCAAAGGUAACUGAGAGAGUAUGUUUUAAGAAUAAAAAAAACAACACCUGCCAAAGCACUUCUACCCAUACUGUAAAAAUUACUGAAGAUCUUCUGAAAGUCAUCAUCAAUGUUUCAAAUGCCUGGAUAUAUCCACUGAAAAUGCUCAUACCUGCAGUGUUUAUUCAUUUAGGCUCUCAUGAUGGUAUGCUGGCAAGAGCCAUAGAGCUUAGCUAUGGAAAUAAAGUAGUUCUGGAGGGAGCAAAAAUUUUACUCAGUAAGAUUCAGCCUGGAAUUGAAGAAAAUGACUACCCUGACUCUGACUUGUGGCCAGACCUAAAGGAAUUGAGGUCCCACAAUAAAAGCACUCACCUUCCUGCAUUUUGUAAACUCUUCUACUGCCUUCGCAAGGAUACAAAGAAGAUUAAGUGUCAUCUCAGGGCCCUGAAGCACGGCAUAAUCAAAAACAGGUGCUAA